AUGAACAUCAGCGAUGAGCCUCACCCUAUGCAGUUCAAGAAAACUGGAAAACGCAAAAGCCGUUCAAACAGCCAAGAACAAGCUCUACAACGGACACUUCCUGAGCUUCGUGGAACCGGGUUAGAAGAAGUAAGUGCUCUGGAUGACUUUGAAUCGCACCAAGCGAAGCGACGAUCAAGCGCUCGAGCCAAUCUGGACGAAGAGCUAAAGGGCAGUGACGAAGAUAACGAGGAUGCUACACCUCAAGUAUUUUGGCGAGCGAGUGCCAACGCAGUCAAAGAUACUGACUUGUCUGAGCCGACAACGUUUAAAGAUGCUGUUGAUGGACCAGAUCAAGUGCAUUGGCGCAAAGGGAUAUGUACCGAGUUGGACUCGAUGAAACUUCGUGGCGCGUUUCGAGCGACAAACCUGCCAGAUGGACAGCAUACCAUUGACAACAAGUUGGUAUUCAAGAUCAAGUGGAAAACUGAUGGAUCCAUCGAGAAAUACAAGGCGUGUCUCGUGGCAAAAGGGUUCAAGCAGAAAUAUGGCAUCGAAUACACGGAGACGUUUUCGCCGGUAGUCAAGUACGUGACGCUGCGCAUGGUAGUUGCAAUCACGAAGUACUUUGACUGGACACUGGACCAACUGGACGUGGUGACAGCUUUCCUAUACGGAAAAAUGAAGGAAAAGGUAUUCUGCGCGAUCCCAGAAGGGGUCGAAGUUGAUGAAACCUUUGACUGCUUUGAACCAGUCAAGGCGAUCUACGGACUAGAACAAGCAUCGCGCAUGGAAAGAGACUUUUCAUGA